UUCUCUUCAUCUUGAUGAAUUUGUGAUCUACUUGUAUAGUUCAAGUGGGGGAAAAGAGAAGAUACAAAGUGCUUUAGGUUAAGGUGCAAAUUAUGCGCAAUUAACAACAGUGUAAAUGAUUACAAGAAAAAGGUUACUUCACAAAAAGAAUUGUGCUGCCUGGUCUGUUUUGUGCUAUGUUCUGUUCUCCUUGUUUUGAGAGAAGCAAAUGAUAAAGCAGAAGGGGUUUCAUUCCAAAUCCUUCCUGACAGAGCAUCCAGGUUUCACAUCUGCAGAUAAAGGCUAAGCUUUACAGUGCCUCAUUUGGGAUAUGCAUGUCCUGAAAGCCGAAUGAACCAAACGAAGAGGAUCUACCCUAGUCAGCUCUCAAUCUAUGCUGUCCAGAGCAAACAGGUCAGGAAAACAUUAUUUGUCUGAAUUCCUAGUGUUGCUGAUCAUUGAAAAGAAGCAGAUGUUACUCAAAUCAGGAAAAUAAUUUCUGAUUCUUGCAGCAGUUUAGAGGACUUUGCCAUUACUGGGACUUUUCCUCAAUUUCCUUACUUCAUUUUCACCUCUGAGUUUGUGGAUGAAGAAGUGCUAAAAACUGUUGAAAGCUCUCAAGCAAAACUUUGCAGACUUUUUUUAUAGACUACUAGGGAAUCCUGGAUUUAAAACAUUUUUCAUCUUGCCAGUCUUGAAUACCAUUUCCAAUCCUGAAUACUGUUCCUUAACAUUCUUUCUCUCCUCCUUUCUUUAAGGGCUAUUGUAUAGAUUUUGUCAUUGCAGUGCUCUGAAAUCUGUAGAUUAUAGCUACAUCAUAGAAUUAGAGCAGACUAAGAAAUAAGAAAUAUCUUGCUAUGUUUAUUAAAAAGAAUAAUCUAAAUGAUGAGGCUUUUCUGUUAAAGGAAUGAAAGUGGAUCCAUGGGGUUUGGCAUUAACAGUGGUCACAGCCUCAAAGAAAGGUUACAUUUAAUGAAAACCUGGCAAUCUGGCAAUCAUUUCCUUAAGUAAGAAAAAGCAAUAAAAAUUAAUGUAUAUCCCAUAAUAUGACAUUAAAACCCUUUAUUAACAUCCAUUUUCUAUGGACGUAUUUAGGGAAUAUUUAAAAGACUAUUUUUAACAAGUAAAACCUUUUCAGAUUAUUUUUUUCCACCAGGCCCUGUUAAUAGAGGUUUUGAUUUAAAACGUAAGUACCAUCUGAGUAAGUUUCUGCUCUGUAGUUCUGCUUCUGAAGUGGGUGGCAUUUAGGGACAUAAUAAUACCUAAUUUUAUAUCCGUGUCCUAUGAUUCUUUCUCAGGAGCAAAUCAUAUCCUAUAGGAUUAUUUACAGCUGGUCAGUAUUUCUCUACCAUAUUCUCCAUGUAGCAUGGAGAACACCGUGAAUUAGUUUGUUUUGACAGAAUAUGUGUUCUGGGGGGGAAAAAUCUGCAUCCAGAUUUUUUAUGCUGUCAGAUAUCAGUGAAAAGAUUUAAGUUGUGUAAGUUCUAGGAAUUUGAGUUCAUUCACCUGAUAGGCAGAUUAAAUAUUACUGUAAAAGCUCCUGCUAAGGAAUAAGGAAAUACUUCCACUGUUAAAUAAGUUACUUUUUCUUGGGCAAUACAAUUUGACCAAAAGUGAGAUCCAUGCCUCAGAGGUGUAAGGAUAAGUGGUUACGGUUGAAGAUGUGGGACAAGUGGUAAAUGAAUGCAAAACAAACUUAAAAACCUGGGACAAAGGGCAAAACUUUGCAGCUUUGCUCAAGCCACAGAAGUUCCACAUGGAAAAGAAUUUAAUCAAGAGUUUACCUAUAAUUUUGCUCCUAGUUUGUGGAUAGCUUCAUCCUUUGUAAGAAUAGAAAAGAAAAUUUACCUGUAUUUCAACAGUCACUCACCUAAGCUUGUAUUGAGUUUAGUAACUUGUGUUUAGUAGUUGAAAAAGCAAAAUCAGUAGAGGGACGCAGGUUUUGGAAUUAUCAUAGGUAUCCAGGACUCCGCUGGCUCCUGCUCUGACUGCAGGCUCUUCCAGACACAGGCCAGGGAUUUUUUUUCCCAUGUUUGAUAAUCUCCCUGUGCACUUACGAGAAGCCUCCAAACAAGCAUUAAAUUUUUUAGAGUUGAGCACAGUUCUGAAGCAAUCUUCUAGACUGAUGAAAAUAAUAACAACAAAAAUAAUAGUAAUAUAAAAAGAGAAGCAAUGGGAAGGAAGGAAGGAAUGGGACUGGAGAGCUUUUAGGAUCAUUGUGAUAACUACGGAUGUAAGAGGGCAUUUACAGCGAGCAAAUGUAGAAGUGUCUAAAUCAAAUUUGGGGACCUAUAUAAUUGAUUACUGAAGUGAAGAUUCUUGGGAUCUAUGUGGUGAAUGGGUAUAUCAGUCAGGAACUGUUCAAGCUAAACCAGUGAGAAUAUUGAUGGAAGUAGUCUGGAAACAUCCUUCAGCUCCAUGUGAAAGAAUAGAGAAUCAGCUACUGAAUGCUUCGCUGUAAGAACCAGUAACCUCCUUAUAAUGCAAACAGUAACAUCUGAUGUUAUGUUUGUCUAAGGAGAGUUGUGAGCGAUUAGCAGCCCCAAAGAACACAUAGGGAAUCUGUAAGGAUCAGCUGAGCUACACACAAGAUACCGGUUCAGUACAACACAUUAGGUCCUUAAAAAUCUGGUGGUAUAAAAAAAAUGAAAGCAAGCAGGAUGGAGAAUUUCACGUUUAAUUGAACUGUUAAAAGCAUCACUUUGGCUGUGACUUCAGUUAAUAACUCAUUAAUUCAUAACUGAAUUGUCUUUGGAUAAUCUCAAGGUUAUUUUUUUGUUUGUUUGUUGCAGGAUUCAUAGCAAGAGUUCUGAUUUUCUUAUAUAGUCUACAGCAUCUACGUACAUCGUCUUCUGCCAUGAAGCUGUUUAAAUUACAGACUCUAAAAUCCUUGUGGACCCUGAAGCCUCCUCAUAGGACUUUCCAUGGACACCCCAGGCUGCUUGCCUCUGAUGUAUAUUCACAGUACAAGUCUGUCAGGCGGGGUGAACAGGAGAUACCAAAGUACUUUAACUUUGCAAGUGAUGUGCUGGACAAAUGGUCUGAGAUUGAAAAGGCUGGAAAGAGACCAUCAAACCCUGCCUUGUGGUGGGUAAAUGGAGAAGGAGAAGAAGUGAAGUGGAGCUUUGAGGAGCUGGGGUUCCUGUCUCGGAAAGUGGCCAAUGGGCUGACUAAAGUAUGUGGACUGCAGAAGGGGGACAGAAUUCUUGUGAUCCUGCCACGCAUCCCAGAAUGGUGGCUGGUGGUUGUGGCUUGCAUGCGAGCAGGAACAUCCCAAUUAUCAGCCAAAGACAUGUUAUAUCGACUCCAGGCAUCAAAGGCCAAGUGCAUCAUUACUGAUGACACACUGGCUCCGGCUGUGGACUCAGUGGCAUCUCAGUGUCAGUCUCUGAAAACCAAGCUAAUGGUGUCCAAAGGCAGAAGGGAGGGGUGGCUGAACUUCACUCACCUGUACAAACACCAAUCUGCUGACCAUUCCUGCGUCAAAACAAGGAUUCAAGACUCAGUGAGUUUCUACUUUACCAGUGGAACCACAGGUUCUCCAAAGAUGACUGAACAUUCCCAGGGUAGUCUUGGUUUCAGACCCCUUUUAAGUGAAAGGUACUGGUUGGAUUUGACUCCCUCAGACAUGAUAUGGAGCACAGCAGACACAGGUUGGGUACUAGCUUCACUGACAUCUGUUUUUGAUCCCUGGGUUUUUGGAUCAUGCAUCUUUAUACAUAAGCUACCACGGAUUGAAUCAGCAACCAUCCUAAAUACUCUCUGCAGAUUCCCCAUUGACGUGCUGGUUGGUGCUCCAACAUUGUUCCGCAUGCUGGUGCAAAGUGAUCUUUCCAACUACAAGUUCAUGAACCUGAAGCACUGCAUGAGUGGAGGAGAGCCACUCAACCCAGAAGUCAUGGAGCAGUGGAAAAGCAAGACUGGGCUGGACAUCCAUGAAAUAUAUGGCCAGACUGAAACGGGAAUAAUCUGCUGUGUUUCUAAAGGAAUGAAGAUUAAACCUGGAUCAAUGGGGAAGGCAGUUCCCCUUUAUGAUGUUCAGAUCAUAGAUAAAAAUGCUAAUAUUCUGCCUCCAGGCCAACAGGGGGAAAUUGCUGUCAGAAGCAAACCUGUAAGACCACUUGGUUUCUUCGCUGGAUAUGUAGAUAACCCUAAGAAAACUGCAGAAACUGAACGUGGGGAUUUUUACGUCACUGGAGACAGAGGGACUGUGGAUGAAGAUGGAUAUUUUCAGUAUAUUGGAAGAGACGAUGACAUCAUCAUUUCUUCAGGAUAUCGCAUUGGGCCAUUUGAAGUAGAGAGUGCCCUGAUAGAGCACCCAGCAGUAGCAGAAACAGCUGUUGUCAGCAGCCCAGAUCCCCUCCGAGGAGAGGUUGUGAAAGCAUUUGUGGUCCUGUCCCCAACCUUUUCAUCCAGUGACCUGGAGAGCUUAGCAUGUGACUUACAGGAGCACGUCAAGAAAACUACUGCUCCGUAUAAAUACCCUAGAAAGGUGGAAUUUGUCCAAGAGCUGCCAAAGACAAACACUGGGAAGAUCAAGAGGCACGAAUUAAGAAACAAAGAGUGGGGACGGAUGUAAUACUGUUUGGAAUUUAACAGAACUUCUUUCACUCCAUUAACACCAUAUAAAUUUCUCUAUAUAACUGCCCUCCUUCUGAUCUGUUUUUGUUAAAUGCCUGUGCAUCAAAAACUAUAGGUAACACCAAGAUGUGAUGUUUGUACCUGCUUGCAAAGCAUCUAAUGUCAGUACCAUAGUUGCAGUUACUGAAGCCCUGCUGGGAAAGGGAACAAAAUAUACACUCCAUUCUAGUCUGAAUGCCCACAGGUUCACCAGAAUUUGGCUGGUGACCCAUCUCUUUUAGAUGGUAUCCAAGAUCAGUGAGGAGAUACUGCUGAUGUUGAUUUUCUAAGCUCCAAGCUGGAGAAAAGGCAUGCAUGGAUUUGAGUGGUUCAAAUGCUAUGUCCUUAAAUGCAGCAUGUUUAAACUCAGCACAGCCCUCCUAUAAUCAACUGAAGAUGGAAAGACUUCUCUUUAUUGAUACCACCAUAUGACCUCCAUAAACCUUUCUUGUUUGACAUAUGUGUUGAUGACAGGCAGUGCCAGCUUCUCCCAUGCUUUAUCCACAAAUAUUCUGUUGUACAAAGUAGCUUUGUUGCUCACCCCCUGUUCUGAUCUUCACACACAAUAGACAGAACUCCUGUACCACUUCUGGUGGUCUUUAAAAUGAAGUAUGCUGUUGGGCAGGUGACCCCAUUUGUAGAACAGACCGUGGUUCUUUGCCAUAGUAGACACUUGCUAUAGGACCAGUCUAUUUCUGCAGCCACUUAAAGGUGAAACCAGAAAAAACUCCCUUGACCUGGUUUGGAUGGUCACACCUGUUUAACAUUUCACUCUUAGCUUUAUGAAGCAGCAUGUACUGGAGUGUACACACACUUACUUCUUACAGUUGCACAUGGAAUAGUGGGCCAAACUUUAAGGCUGUAUCUGUUCUUAGCUGUUCAUCCUCAGGGUUUUUUUUAAUUUUGUGUACUCAAAAAAGAUUUCAUUUUCUGGCAUGAAUUUUCAUUAUUUGAUAGAAACAUCUCCAGCCUUGGAGUCCCCUUCUGUUCAUUAAAUAAGAAGAAAUUGCUGGAGAACAAUAGCAUCUUCAGGCAGGAAAGAAGGUCUCUUACAGCUCUGUCUCACUGCCUGUAGUUCUGUGUCUAUAGCAGCUGUGAAGUGAGAUUUGGAGAAUUUUAAUUCUGAGAAAGUAAAAUAUUUCAUUUCUUAAGAGUAAACACUUUGCUUAUGUCAGUGCAACAAUUUCUGUACUAGCAACUGCUGAAAUGAAAGCAAUUGUCAAUAAAUGUGUUUACUUCA